AUGGCUUCUCUUUGGCCAGGGAAAGGUCCAGUAGACGCUCCACCAGCGUAUUCUGCAGCCACCCCGAAGGACACUGCGGACAUUGCAGAUACUGGUCUUGCAGAUGUAGGAUUGCCAGCUCCCGCUCAAUCAACGCCGCUGUCGAAUUCUCCCUCUGGAAGACCGCAAUUAUCGAGAAAUCAACCUCAGCCUCCCCCACCACAUCAACCCCCGCCGCCUCCUGCUCCCCAGCAAGUUGGCAAUCCACAAGACUCGCUAUCUUUGAUGCAAUUGAGGCGGAUUGUUACGGAAUUCCCCAAGGCGGAUCCUCUCAGCUAUGCCUUCACCUACGCAGAUACCGCAAGCUUCGAGGAAGAAAUCGAUGAGUGGUUUUCAUACAAUGAGGCCGAAUAUAAGCGGCUACAGAGGGCAAAAUAUACUUUUGGCAGGAGGUGGAAGAAGUUCUCUGGAAAGGCAUGGCUGGAUGCAAAUCAGACGGAGAGACAAAAUUUCGCGGAACGAGAGAUUAAUGGGCUUUUGGCAACAGACUUGCGUCGCCGAUGUAAAAGUCUCCAAACUAUCCUCCACAUUAUCCUUGGUGUUUGGGACGAGACGGCUGGAAUAGAACUUUCAAACAAAGAGGCAGAUGCACCAAAGAAUAAGACGCGGGCCACGCAGAUACAAUUAGAGCAUAUGAAGUCAGGAAUACUGCUUGUUGCUAAUGCUGGCGGGAUUCCUCUGCUGUACGAAGUCAUGCAGAACGCCUUCAAAAGACUAUGGGACGAAGAUUACCGCGAAACAAAGUUGACGGAGGAAGAUAUACCAUUUAUCCAGGAUGAGUUAGACAAUGUUACGACCACGCAAUAUCUAUUAAUUGAAGGAGUGCGAAAUGACCCUAUUACUCUUGAGUCUCCUCGAACGAAGCUUUUGGAAUUAAACCCAAGUUUAGUGGAACUUAUGGUUACAGUUACCGCCAAACUUCGCUGGGACGAGGCAAACGAAUUGCCACAAACGAGGAUUUUCUUGCUCUUCUGGAAAUCUCUGUUGCUUGUUUUCGGUGGAACUGAAGAGGUCGAGGUUGUCAAAAAAGCUACAAGCGAAGUGAGACACGCGAAUGGCGCUCAGGGAAAAUUAAUUACGGCUUCUCCUCUAGACUACCACAUUUUCCGCCAAGAAAUCACAUCAAAAUAUCCGGCAUAUACUCCUCCGUUACCUUUGUUUCCCUUGGAACCCGAAAAUAACUCAAUUCUUCCACCGCUCCCGAAUCGACCAACAAGAGCCAACGGUGGUAACGGUAUCAUACCCUCUGCUAUGAAUGUCAACAGUAGCGGCGCAUCUAUCCUUCAUCAGCCUGUACAUAUUGCUACCCCAGCUCCUUCGCCGCCUCCUUCCCCUGCCGUAGGAGGCAAGGCUGGCAAGAAACAAAAUUAUCAAACUAACCAGAAUUUCCCUUUCAUGUAUCCACCCUUAGACAGCACCAGUAACAGUGCUGGUGGUAAAGGCACAGCUGGCUUGCAGGGUGCGCUUGUCGGUAGGAAAUGGGAGGGAAGUGACAUUCCGAAAUCCAUCCUGGAGGCAGGCGAUUUAUUCGCCGGCCGGAUGCGCAUGACGAGGGCGAUGCGCCAGCUGUGGGAUGAGCGAGAAAUGUUCCUAAAGUUUGAACGAGGAUGGGAUGGUGAAAAUGAUGAUAUUGAAGAGCUUGAUCUGGAAACAAUUUUGGAGAGGAAGUUAUUGCUAGAGAAAACUAAGCCAUCUAAGGCAGAGCCUGACUUUGGACCGAACCCUGAUCUUUCGCCCAAAAUAAAACACAAGCUUGAGCUUGUGGAAGCCUUCUAUCGAGCAUCAAUACCCAAUCUUCAGUCGCUUGUCAUUGUCCUUCUCAAAGCCGUGUUACUCAACGUCACCGCACUAAUGAACCCAGUGAGCGGGCAACCACAAGGCAAUCUUGCUCCUGGCUUUAGAUCAGAGACAAAUUUACGCGCCAAUGGAAUCCCAACUCAGAACAGACCAGAUCCUGCCAAUGUGCCCCUGCCAAACCCGGUCGAACCUACUGAACUGCCGAUAGAGGAGAUUGAAGCGCUCAGGUCGAGGGAAAUCACUGCCAAAGCUGCCUCUGCCAUUUUACUCGUCUUGUUGAAGUGGUUCAAGGUUUCUCAUGUGCUCAAAUUUGAGUAUUUUACUCAGCUACUACUUGACGCAAACUACCUCCCCCUAGUUUUGAAGCUAUUUGCACAUCAAGAGAUUGAUAAAGUUGUUGAUAGCCAAACUGACCGUGACGAUAUGAGCUUUUGCAAUAGCAACAGCAGAAAUGCUCCUAUGAGUCUGGAGAGGGAUCAAGAUGAAGAAAGUGAAGACGACGCCGCUCCGCCUGCAAUAAAAACGAAACGAACUUCACCAGAGGCGGACGCAGACGAUAAACUACCAGCCAUGUCGUUCCAGGAUGGCCAAGUUACCGGCAAACGAGAACCUCCCGAAGUCGACGAGCUGGGCUACCCGACCAGUGAUCUACCAGCUGAACCCAUUACCGAAUUUUCGUGGCGCAAUUUUUUCUCUUCCAUCAACUUUCUCCGUAUCAUGCAGAAAAUCUGCAAAAAUAAAGCUCACCGGAACCUUUUACUAGUUCAGUACAAAUCUUCCAACAUAUUGAAAAAGUCUCUAAAGAUACCCCAACCCGAAUUACGAUUAUACACGUUAAAACUAUUCAAGAACCAAGUGCCGUUCUGCGGCCGCAAGUGGCGUCAAGGCAAUAUGCGUGUUAUUACAGCCGUAUACCUUCACUGCCGUCCUGAACUUCGCGAUGACUGGCUCGCGGGCAGCGAUGUCGAUGCCGAGGUUGAAGAAGCGCUGCCACUAGAACAAGCCCUUCGUGCAUUAACCCACUGGCAUAAUAUUAAGCGAUACCCUGAUCAGAUGGGCGCGGACAUGAAGCUGUUGGAAGAGGAGCAUGAUUUCUUUGUUAGGGAACUGGACAAAAUGGCUUGGAUCGAGGACGGCUUAGAUGGGGAAAGUCAGGAGGGCGGUUGGGAUGGCAUGAGUAACGGUGCUUGGUAA